UUUGCUUAACAAUAUUGCACCUUUGUUCCCUGUUUUCAUCUUUCUUUCUCUCUCUAUGUUCCUUGUACUGAGUAUAGUCCUCUUCCUUCUCCCACCUUACUCAGGAGCCGAGAAUCUUGAUGAAUUCUGUCCACCAAAAAGAUGCAGCCCAAAAGGACCAGUAAUUAGAUACCCCUUCCGACUCAAAACUCAACCACUCUUCUGUGCCCAUGAAGGAUUUGAAUUGUCUUGCUCAAAUAACAAGACAUUGUUGCACCUUCCUUCCUCUGGCGAUUACUAUGUGCAGAAAAUUAAUUAUUCUUCCCGCUCGAUUACAAUUAUGGAUGUGCAGGAGACCGCAUGCCCAAUACAAAGUCUUCUAGCCCCUAACCUCAAUAACUAUAGAUUCUAUGUUCCCUAUCCAGAAGAACUCACAAUAUUCAACUGCACCAACAGGAUUCAAAACAUCAGUAGUUAUUACAGUGUAGUUGGACCUAUUAGUUGCCUCAGUUAUGAUAGAAAUUUUGUUUAUGUAAUGAGUUCAUUCGAAUAUUCAGAUGAAAUUCUGCCCUUAAAUUGUAGAAAAUAUAAAGCGGUUGAAAGUACUAUAGUUUGGACUUCGGCGGAUGCUACUGGAGGGACUUCCACAAAUCCAGCAAUCGAAAUAGGAUGGAAACCUCAUAAAGAAUGUGAUAAAUGCGAAGGUUCAGGAGACUACUGCGGGUUCAAUACUAAAGCAAUUCUGUAAUGUGUUGCAAACAUGACAAUCCAAAAUUCUGUUUCAACUACGACCGCCAUCUUGAAUGAUCGCUCGAUCAUGGGAGGAAGGAAGCCUGAAAGGCUUUUGAGCUUACAAAAUUGAUGAUAAUUGAGCUAACAUUUUUCCAUUUGAGAUGCCGAUUCUCCAAUAAAAAAAAUUGUAUUGUCCAUAGCCGUAAGUAUUGGAGGGAGUACAUUACUUGCGUUGGUGAUACUGAUUGUUUACAAAUCAUGGAAAUCUGAGAAUGAAAAAGAGGCUCAGCUUAAAGUGGACAAGUUCCUGGAAGACUACAAGACUCUUAAUCCAGCCAGACAUUCUUACAGUGACCUUAAGAAAAUUACGGGUAAAUUCAAACAGAGACUCGGCCAAGGGGGUUAAGGAAGUGUCUUCAGAGGAAAAUUUUCCAAUGGAAUUCCAGUUGCGGUUAAGAUGUUGGAACAUUCAAAAGAAAAUGGAGAAGAGUUCAUCAAUGAAGUGGCCACUAUAGGAAGGAUACACCAUUUUAACAUUGUUCGUCUUCUAGGAUUUUGCUCAGAAGGAACACGACGUGCUCUUAUUUAUGAAUUUAUGCCAAAUGGAUCGCUUGAGAAGUUUCUAUUCUCAAGGGAAAACGAGUCAGCUCAGCGUCCAUUAAGUUGGGAAAAGCUGCAAAACAUUGCAAUUGGCAUUGCCCGUGGAGUAGAGUACUUGCACCAAGGAUGCAACAAAAGGAUCCUUCACUUUGACAUCAAGCCUCACAACGUAUUACUUGACCAUAAUUUUAGGCCAAAGAUUUCAGAAUUUGGUCUUGCCAAGCUAUGCUCAAAGGAACAAAGUGUUAUAACAAUGACUGCGGCUAGAGGAACUGCUGGCUACAUUGCUCCGGAACUUUUCUCAAAGAAUUUCGGAGAUGUUUCUUACAAGUCAGAUGUGUUUAGUUAUGGAAUGAUGUUGUUAGAGAUGGUUGGCUGUUGAAAGAAUAUUGACCUUACGAUUGAAAAUCAGAGCCAAAUUUACUUUCCAGAGUGGAUAUACAACAAAUUGAGCCAAGGAAAAGAACUUAAUCUUGAAUUUGUUGAAGAUGAAGAUGAGGAAAUUGCCAAGAAGCUUGCAAUAGUGGGACUCUGGUGCAUUCAAUCGAAUCCAAUAGAGAGACCUUCCAUGCCAAUGGUAUUACAGAUGCUUGAAGGUGAUUUACAAAGCUUGGAGAUGCCUCCAAAGCCCUUUGUUUCUUCAAAUGUUGAAAUUGGUGCAAACUGAUUGAAUUAUUGAAGAUUGUAUCUACAGUGAACUAUACCAUCUGUUUAUUAUGAUUUGGAAAUGGAGCCAAUGUGAUGUAUCAAAUACAAAAUGGAAAGCAAGUUCUUGCUUCAAAUAUGCCCAUGUAUAAUAAAUAAGACUCAUACUUUUGUGGAA